AUGGGUCAUGGAAUUGGGGCAGAACUGAUGUCUCCCAAGAAUUUUCAUUUACCAUUCACUGCAAAGCUUUGUUUUACCUGCACGAACAAUAUGGUUGAGUAUGAGGCUUGCAUAUUGGGGCUAGAAGAAGCUAUUGAGUUAAAUAUCAAAGUACUAGAGGUAUUUAGAGACUCCACUCUAGUGAUACAUCAUAUCAGAGGUGAUUGGGAAACGAGACACGCUAAUUUAAUUCCUUAUCGGGAUUAUGUGCUGAAGUUACUCCCAAAGUUUGACAAGAUCACUUUCUCUCAUAUUCCUCGAGAAGAGAAUCAGAUGGAAGAUGCUUUGGCAACCUUGGCUUCCAUGUACAAGUUAAUAUGGCCUAACCAUCAGCCUAACAUUGAAAUCAGGCGUUUUAAUGAACCUGCGCAUUAUCUGACAACAGCAGAAGAAUCAGAUGAUAAACCCUGGUUCUUCGACAUCAAACGGUAUUUGGAGGAGCAAGAGUACCCGGCAGAGGCUUCUAGCCUUGAUAAAAGGACUAUACGGAGGUUGGCGUCGAAGUUCUUCUUGAAUGGGGAUGUAUUGUACAAGCGGAAUUAUGACAUGGUUUUGUUGAGAGCCUUUUCCGGAGGCGCCAUAAUCCUCGCAACUAUGGACGGUGAUGAAUUGCCGCUUCCCACCAAUGUUGAUGCUGUCAAAAAGUACUUUGCCUAA